AUGUCCGGGAUGCUGAGCCAGCGCCAAACACCACGGAGGCGCCGUAGAGGUGGCCGUGUCUACUCGCGCCCAAACUGUUCGAACUGCGAGAGAUCGCGGCGCUACGUGUGUGACGGAUAUGACAGACGGUCCCCUGAUGAGGCAUAUCGCGCUCGCCCAUCCCGCGAUCCAAAUAGCGAUGGGGGCGGCCAUGAGGACGACCUAGCCAACACGCGAAAAGUCUUUGAUAAUCGUGAAGACAUGGAAGAUCCAGAUUCUGCUGAUGUAGCUGGCUUGUUUCAAGAGUUUGGACAGUCUGCUGCCGUUCGAGAGGGAGCGAAUUCCCAGUUUGCAUCAGCAUCACCUGGAGGCUUGUCAAGAUUGUCCGUUCAAGCCAUGUCUGGUGCAGAUGGAUCAUCAGCCUUUGGCUUCACCAACCCCGAGGGGCAAUCGAUGUUUCCUGGGCCCCAUGAGGAAUUACCCCCUGACAUGUUUUUCGACUAUUCUUUGCUUGAGAGCAUCCUCCCCCUGGCACAGACCGAUAAUAACGGCGAAAGUCAGGGGGCAUCUCCUAUGCGACAUCUCGCAGCAGCAGCAGCAGCGGCAUUACCUCGAUCAUUAAAGCCCCCCAGCGUGGGUUUGGGUUCGGAACCCCAAACACUGGCGUUGACCAAUUCAUCUGCCUGGCACACCAAUCUGCCUCGCCCUACAAGCCCAGCUUUAUCAACAGAUAGCGACCCUCAGGAGAUAUCGGAUCUCUUAAAUCACUAUCGAACCCACGUUUGCAAGUUGAUGAUGCCGACAAUAGCGCCGUCGCAGAAUCCUUGGUUGUGUCUCUACCUCCCAAUGGCCUCCCGAGAGCCACAGACGGCAGCCAAGAAGUGCCUUCUACACGCCAUCCUCGCCGUUGCCGCGUUCAACAAAUCUGAGUUGUCUCGGAGUGAUCGCAUCCAGUAUCAACAACUUGCUCGGACGCUCAAGGACAGGGCUGCUUUGAUGAUCAAGGAGGUGCUCGCGGACGGAUCACAGAGAGAAGCACUGCUACAGAAUGAUGUAGAUCGGCAGGCACUGCUGGCCGCAGCCAUGACCAUGACCACGGUCGAGGUCUUUAGCGGUGGGAAUGAGGGGAGAGGCUAUGAAAAUAUUGCCUUGUGUAAAUACAUCAUACGUCUGACCGGCGGAGUGGGCUGGUGGGUAGCCAGUUCGACCCGGAUGACUCUACUUCAAAUCUUUCGAUGUCUUGAGCUGGUCGCUCGAACGUCUGGUUGGACGAAUGGCGAGGAAUCUGAGCAGGUUCGGGAUGAUGAGCAGAUCACCCCGGAGUCGAGAAGCACUCAGCCUAUCGGGGACGGUGUUCGCCACAGCUCAUCUGACGUCGAGUUUCUUAUGGGCACGUCCGCACCUCAGUACACGCUUGAUGUGUCGUUUGGAAUUGCGAUGAAGACUCUACGUUGUCUUAGUCAGACGAUCGAGUUGUGCAGCGUCAGGGAGUCGAUGGGGAGUGAGAAACGAUGGUCGGAGCGGAGUGCUGUGGCAUUGCAGCAACUCGAAGCAGAGCUCUUAGAUACCCUGGAAGACCCGGAUGCUUUUAGCGGCCAGGAAAUCCUUGGAGACGUUUCUCAAGAGGGCGUCUCGGACUAUGUGAGCAGGGAGAUAAAAGAAAACCACUGCUGGGCAUUUCAUUGUAGUGCCACCAUUUUCUUUCGGCGAGCCAUAUGUGAAGGUGGCUCGACAGUGACGCCUCCCAUAGAGGGUCUUGCCCCUGACAAAGACGGCUCGCGUUCCCGUCCGACUGGUCAGCAACUCGUAUCGAUGGCACUGGAGCACUUGGAGAAUGUCGACGCCAUGUCCAGCGAUAUGGCCAUUGCCAACACUCUAUGGCCGGGUUUUAUCGCUGCCGUUGAGGCCAUUGAUAUGGAUCUGCGUCAUAGGUCGUUGAUUUGGUUUGCCCGCGCCAGGAGACAUGGUAUUGGAAACAUUGCAAAGGCCAAGGCGCUCGUGAUGGAAGUGUGGAGGCGAGUAGACCGCCAGACUGGCGCAGGAUCUGAUCGCCAACAUAUGAGCUCGGAACUCAGCCACGUGGACUGGCGAGAGGUUAUGCGUGAAAGGGGGAUGUAUAUUAUGCUGACAUAG